AUGGGCCGUGGUCCUACUUGUUCUUGGUGCUUUGAUAGUGAAUACGAUGAUACAGCUGAAGGUCCAGGUUAUCGUUGUGAUGAACGUAAUAUUCUGUUGGAAAGAAAUUGUCCCGCUGGCAAGAUUGAGAGUCAAAACUCAACCAUUGUUGAUGCUGGUGUUCAAGGCGGUGACGCACAGUUGAUGCCUCCGCGCCAAAAGGUGUCUGUUCGUCCCCAUGAUAGUUUUAAAAUUGAUUUCACCUUCCAAUCGAAAACCGACUACCCUGUGGACAUCUACUUUCUCGUCGACCAAAGCUAUACUAUGCGUGACGACUUGGAAACGGUCUCUCGACUCACUAAAGACAUUGCCAACUCAUUCACAGUCGUUACCAAGGAUCUUCGAAUGGGUUUCGGGGCAUUUGUUGAUAAACCGGUUUUUCCCUUCAUCGUGCCCACUCCUGAGGCACAAGUUAAUCCUUGUCUCUAUGGUGUCGGUAAUCAAGAUCUUCAGUGUGACCCACCUUUCCUCUACAAACACAUUCUCUCUCUGACUAGCGAUUUUGCCGAGUUUGAACAAAAGACUAUUCUCUCGCGUCCGUCAGGGAAUUUGGAUAGUCCAGAAGGUGGGCUGGAUGCUCUCCUCCAGGUCGCUCGAUGUCCUGAAUACAUUGGAUGGCGUAAAAAUGCGCGUAAAAUCGUUCUCUUCGCAACUGAUGGAGGUUUUCAUUUGGCUGGAGAUGGUCGCCUCGCAGGACUGAUUAAACCACCACCCAAGACGUGCCAGCUCACCUACGAACUGGAUAGAUUCAAUAAGUCGUUGGUGUACCUUGGAUGGCACAAUUCUGUGGAAACGGAUUAUCCCAGUGUUGGAGAGGUUGCGGAGGUGCUUACAGAGAGGGAUAUCAGUGUCAUCUUCGCCAUUGAUGCAAAGGUAUUCCCUCUCUACGAGAAGCUGGCCGCCUUCUUGCCUUCUGCGGCCGUGGGCACUCUCACCGACAGCUCCACCAACAUCGUUAACUUGCUGCGUGAGAAUUAUGACAAAAUCGCCAACCGAGCCGAACUCAUCCUCUCUUACGACACGGACUCUCUCGAGGUUGAAAUUCUCGCCAAGUGCCAGGGCGAAACGGAGUUUACGAAGAAGACGGUGUGCAAGGAACAUCCUGUUGGUGGGAAAAUUGAAUAUCGGGUCUCUGUAACUCCCACUCGAUGCUUUUCUGGCAAGAAGGAGGUGAUUCUCAAAAUGGUGGCCUUGGAGGAACAGGCCAUGCUGGAAGUUACCUCCGCAUGCCACUGCCCCGCCUGCGGCACCCCAACGGCCUCCUAUCCAACCUCGCCACGUUGUCAAUAUCACGGUUACCUGUUGUGCGGUGCCUGCGUCUGCGCCCCUCAGUACUCGGGCGAGUUCUGCGAGUGCUCUGCGGAGUCCUCGCAGCAGGAGGAGAUCAUGUUGCAGCAGUGCACGCGUCCAGGGGACGAUGUACCCUGUUCUGACCGUGGACGCUGCGUCUGCGGCCGAUGCAAGUGCAACCUGGCACGCUAUAUGGGUCUCUACUGUGAAUGCGACCGCCACGGCUGUAAACGCGCCUUCGACGACAACCAGGUGUGCGGUGGGCCGCAGCGUGGGGAAUGCCAGUGUGAUGGAACUUGCAAAUGCAAACCUGGCUACACCGGUGAACGUUGUGACUGCAUCGACAGCAAUGCCAACUGCUACGAUCCCAACAACCCCGAUGGCCCAGCCUGCUCUGGCAUGGGCGUCUGCGACUGUGGCCAGUGUUUUUGCAACUCCGGUCGUACCGGCCAGUUGUGCAACGAAGUGCAGGGUGGAGAGUCAGCGCUCUGCACCGAUCGCGGUGUAGAGCAGUGUGUGUUGUGUCUGCGCCGUGAGAUGCUUGGCACCGACGAGGUGAGAAUAGCGGAGGAGGCAGAGAAGCGUCCGCCCACCGCCCCACCUGUGACUGUCAGCCCCGAGACCGUGGCCGCCUGUCACGCUGUUUGCAAUACUACUGUCAUCGAUACGACCAAAGUGCAAAUCAUUGAUGAGGUGGGGGAGGAGAGCAAAGAUGUGGGCGAGGGAGGCGGAAGUGGUGGCGGCUCUGGCGGUGGAUCUAAUCUCUGCAUCAUCUACACGGAGGACUCAUGCCGUGUGAUGUUCAAGUACCGCUACUCGGAUGCUGUAUACAUUCAUCGGAAGGUUGACCUGAAAAUCGUGCGCAAGAGCGAGUGCACCAAGACCACGGGCAUCCUCUACAUUAUCCUUGGCGUGAUUGCGGGCAUUGUGUUGGGUGGCCUAAUCCUCCUCCUCAUUUACAAACUCGUUAUCACCAUCGACGACCGUCGUGAAUUGGCCAAGUUCAAGAUGCACAAUGAGAAUGUGCACUGGGAGAUGGCGGAGAAUCCGAUCUUUGAACCGCCCACCACGCGUGUCAUGAAUCCCACCUUCAAUGACGACGCCGCCUUGGAGUUGUCUCAGCUGCUUGCUUCUCGACUCUCGUUGGUUCACCGUGGUCAUCGCUCCUACCGAUUCAUUCCCAGUAAACCCGUGUGGCGUUGGCAUGACGACAGGAGCCCAUGCUCGGACAGCGCUAUCUUCACUAUCCCGCCCGAAGAAAUCCCCCCACGCAUCGAACUGGACGACCAGACGCUAAAACUACUCGAACGACUGAGUUUGGUCAACUUCAAUGAAGAGACAACAAAGACAAUCGUGGAGGAAGCCAUCCACUUUGCCGACUGCCUCCUUACUCCAGUGGUCUUCAGAGGUUGCGCUACCAGGGCGACAGUGGAGCCGAUGAUUAGUCUACUGGGUGAGAAGGACUGGGAGCCGGUAGAGGUGGUGGCGGAGGAUUGGACGGAGGGGGGAAAGGAAGGGAGUGAUCCUAUUGCCGUCACCGCUGCGCACAUUCUGCACCAUGCCGCAGUCACCUGGGAGAACUACUUUGUCGCACCGCCUAGCAAUCAGCCCAUCCAUCCCGAGCUGGAUGGAAAGGCCAAGUCUUUGGAUGGUUGA